ACAUCUAUUCAAAUACUCCAUAAUCCAAAUAUCCACUCCACUGUGGAAUAUUAUUGUUUAGGCAAAUUUUCUAAAUCACUCUCACAAGUUUUAUGUGUUGUUGUGUUAGUCCUAUUGUCAAUGUUGCGUUUUCAGUACAUAAUAUUAUUAUCUACUAAUCGUUUCGCUUUGAAAUGCCAACUGAACUAAUCUAACCUGGUCCGGUAAUUUUUUUAUCAACAUUUUCAAUAACCAUGGGUGUAACAGUGUUGCAGCAGUAUCCAGUGCCUGAGAAUAAGACUGGGACAUUUGUAAUAGAGCUCCUGACAAGACGCCUGCUGGCGUUGGGAGCUACACAACAAGGGCAGUUCCUAGUGGACUGUGAAAGCUACCUGUCUCAUCCACAAAUGGGCACCACAAAAACAGUCCACAUCCUCCACAACUCAGAACAGCCCGCCUCUGUCUUCUCCAUACUAGAAAGUGGCACAAAGAACAUCCAUGUUAUUGCCGAUGGUCUGUUCGAUCUACUGAUGAUGAAGCUCUCACAACACUAUACGUCCAAGAAACAGACCAAGAUUGAAAGCAAAGGACCGAGAUUUGAGUUGGGAGAUUUCUGUGUGAAACUUGGAUCUGUUAUGAUGAACCAGAAUUUUAAAGGGAUCCUUAUUGAGGUUGAAUACAGGCCCUGUGUUAUGGCGAACGCCGUCUGGGGCCUCCUACGGGAGUUCCUCCAGGGCCUGCUCGGCCCCUCUGUGCCUGUGACCCCGCCGCAGCACCUUCUAAGCCGCAUGCACGAGAUAUAUACGCCCAUUGACACUAUUCACCAGUACCUUGAACACUUUAGCCAGUAUAGGAAACUCACAGGCCUCCGGAAUGCCUAGUUGUAUGAUAAUUUUUUCUUUAAUGCUAGUAUUUGAGCAGAGAAAAUGUUUGGUGCAAAAAUGUGUUUACAUGUGCAGAAAAACGGCCAAUUCAGACAUUAUUCAGCUUAUCCUUUAUAAGGCAUCAUAUAACUGAUCAUAGUGAUUAUCAUAAUUAGGAAAGUAUGCUAAUAAGUAUACAAUCAAUAAAAAGUUAUUUAUGUAA